UUAUUCAUUCGAUGGGCGGCUGAAACUCAGCUGCGUGCCUGUGUCUUGCGAGUGCACUUGUUCUUUCGCGCGGUCGCAGAACUUGAGGACAGACGCCGUCGAGCCAACACGACUCAUUUCUGAAGCAGCGAGCACGGAAUUUUGUAUUUGGGAUCGGCUUUCGUCGUCUUACUGACCACAGAACCACAGUGCUUGUCGCAAACCGUUUAGCCGAUUCAUGGUGGCACGUUAAGCUCACGAAGGCAAGAAGCCUCUUUUUGGGCGUUUUAUUCUGCGUCUCCGCUUCGGGGGAAGACAUCAAGUGUGCACGCGGAGAGCAGCCAGAUGGGCUCGCGAUCGUGCCUGUGAUUCUAGACCUGCCGUUUUUUCCCUGGGUGUCUUCAUGCGGCCACGGAGAGGACAGAGUGGUUUUUGAUUGCACCCGUGUUUUUGCGCGCGUGGUUUUGCGUGCGUCGGUGUGCGCGUGGCUGUGCUUUGAAGUGUGAAUAUACCGAGCUGUACACAGCGUUGAAGAAUCUCUCCUCCUACAACACUGCUGGGAUCUUAUUUGACAAGGACCAUUUACCUACACUAUAGCACGCGUGGAUCUUCAAACUCAAGGGUAUUGAAGACGCUGUGCACUCAAGGUACUUUUCUUCAUGACAAAGGUGGAUGAAGACAUCAUAAUGGAUUACGAAAGCGAACUCAUGGACAACUUCACCAACCUGACGGAUGGUUUCAACCACACCCUUCUAAUUCCGCCGGCUGAACAGGUCCCCAUGUUGGUGAAUCUUACCAAUCGAGGUCCACCGAUUGAGUUCGCCUUGCCGCUGCUGGGAUAUGCCAUGCCAGCGCUCUUGGUGGUGACCAUAAUCGCCAACACAUUUGUUGUGGUCGUGCUGGCGCAGCGUCACAUGCGGACGCCCACAAAUAUCGUCCUGCUGGGAAUGGCCGUCUGCGACAUGAUGACACUCCUGAUUCCAUCUCCGUGGUUCUUCUACAUUUACACCCUGGGGAACUACGCCACCGUUCUCGGUCCUUCGGCUACGUGCUACGCCUACAACAGCAUGAACGAGGUGAUCCCAAACGCUUUCCACACGGCCUCUGUCUGGCUGACGCUAGUGCUGGCUGGACAGCGCUACUUCUACGUCUGCCACCCGACCACAGCGGUCACCUGGUGCACCGUGCCUCGCGUGCUGCGAACAGUGUGCUGGGUUGGCUUUGUCGCAUUCGCACACCAGCUGCCACGCUUCCUCGACACGGUGUUCGUAGACGUGCGCUUCUAUUGGCGCGGCGAAGUGCACUGGGGCUGCCAGAUGCUGGUCGCCGAAUGGGUCACGCAGAUCUUCACCGCAAAGGCUUAUUUCAUCGCCUACUACGCCUUCAAGGUGAUCUUCGUCAACAUCGGGCCCUGCACUGUGCUCGUGGUGCUCAACAUCCUGCUGUUCCGCGCCCUCAAGCGCGCUCAAGAGAAGCGCGCCAAGCUGCUCAAAGAGAACCGCAAGAGCGAGUGCAGGAAGCUGCGCGACAGUAACUGCACCACCAUGAUGCUCAUCGUUGUGGUGACCGUGUUCCUGGCUGUCGAGAUACCACUCGCCGUGACCAUCGUGCUGCACGUGCUGAUAAACGCAUUCAGGGUGCAACUUGUCUCGUACUACGUUCUCAAUAUAACGCUGCUCUUCACCAACUUCUUCCUCAUGCUGAGCUACCCAGUGAACUUCGCCAUCUACUGUGGUAUGAGCAAGCAAUUUCGGAAGACGUUCAAGGAUCUCUUCAUUAUGGGCACGUUCGUCAACAAGUCCCAGGGUUCAUCGCGUUACUCGCUGGUCAACGGACCCCGCACGGUGACGAAUGAGACCAUACUGUGAGAUGAACGUCUGGCAAUCCUCGAUGUAGCCGGAGAGUGCCGCGAAAGGGAUAUGUUUUCGCGUGUCAGUGUAGGUUGGUGGACGUUGACUGAAUGCCGCACAUUAUUUUACUUCGGUGAAAAGAAGCGUGGUCACCUAUGCUGCUCCUUCAACUGCUGCGGUAACAGAUGGGUGCUAACGACGCAUUGCACGGUUCAGUUAAAAUAUCUGCGUUCGAUGCUAUUUUUCUUAAGCUGGCGCGAGAAUGCUGUGGGUUUAGAGGCUUGGUGUAAAUAAAGUUUAAGUUCCCAGCUGCAGGUUCAACAGAAACGAAGGCAGUACUACUUGUAUCUGAACUCCUACGCUGCAUCGUUUUCUUCCGCUUCCUUACAUUCCCUAUUAUGAGCCCCACGGCCUCAUAGCUUGUAAACACCUACAAGCUUUGAAAUGGUAAAGGUUUCCCUAUAAGGAUACCUAACAUUACAUGGUUUCAAUGAAUGGCGAGCGUAAGGUACAUAACUGUUCUUUUGAGCACUCUAAGCGUCAUGCUCAAUGCAGGACAGUGCUUAAAACGUUGGGCGACUGACGACGUUAUUUUAUGUGUACAAAAAUAUAUUUUGUAGUCGCCAGCGCUAGAGAGACAGAGAGCUGUUAUAAGCUAUUACUGAGAUAAGAAAGCGUCAUGUUCAUACUUCUAAAAAUGAAUCAGCACAUUCUCCAGGACGCCAUUCCGUAAUAUACGUAGAAUAACAAACUAUAACACAUUUCAUCUUCAACCACGAUGUGUUUGAACAGUGAAAUCUAGUACUUAUUUCAUCAUGCGCUCGUCAAGUAUUCUCUAGCAUACCAAAAUUGCUAUCUCUGCUGCAGAAAAAACAGAGCCACAUUUCUGAAAACAAUAUAUUUUGAAUUUCUGUGGCCGCCACCUUAUAAUGGUGCUUUAGCAGGGAACGCUGUUCACAGGCUAGGAUUUGCAACCUUUCUUCUUCAUCGUUACACCAUAUUUCGAAUGUAAAUAUCUAAGGAUUGUUCUACUCAACUGCGCAGCAGCGUUUAUAGUGUGCAGCUUACUACAAUUUGAGGGCAUAAAAGAAGGCUUCACUUUUUAAGAGCAGCUGACCACAAAGAAUAUUGUCGACUUUCAGCCAGGAGGGGAGCUUUGAGACGUGCUCAACACGCUGUUCACUUGUUUCCUUCCAGAGUCCUGAGCACUCAGGUAUUCUUUCAAAGAAGCUACUAGCACAUUAAGUGUAUCAAGUUAUCUAUACCAGCGUAUAAUUUCUCUGCCACGCAAGGUAACCUGCGCGUUCGCUCAACUGUACAGAAUUAAGCUGAGGACGAUUCCCUCUUCGCUGAAACUAGAUGUUUUAGAGAAAAUGCAUAAAAUUCUGUCCUGUUAAGAUGUAAGAAAACGUUCAACGUGUACACAAGUUCAGCUGUUCUAGCGAAAGAGGAUGUCAUAUCAUUCAACUCUUGUUAAAGUCUUGUUGGAAAAACCGCUUUACCGCAACCACACCCACCUGACUUCUGCACAUUCUCCAGGACACUCGUAAAAGACUUAUUCUUUUUUACAUUUCUUGCUAAACAUCAGCGUGUUGACUUCUCUGCCAUGACAGUGGUUGUUUUUCUGGAUACAUGUGGUUUGUACACUGCGAGAAGCUGGUUUCAAAGCAACAGUUCAUGUUUCCUGAAUUCUAUGUUAUAAAGUAAGCUGAACAAGCUCCAAUGUUUGAAAGUAAAGAAAUCACUCUAUAAUUUGAAUCCUUUGGCACGAACAUUUAUUUCUCAAACGAAACACCAACUUGUCCUAUAGCAGGUUGCCGGAAACUUGCCCGUGCUUGAACUGACACUUCGAUCAACGGUGACGAAAACCCUCACUUUUUCUAUGUCGUUAGAGCAGAAAAACUGAUGUCCCUCCUUGCCCGCAAGCUUACACGUGAGCUAGGUAUUACUUUUACGUCAUUAGCGUGGCUCUACUACCAUAAAUGGCACAAAGUCGAAAGUGAUAAUUUCUCGUACUCUACUGGACACAUCCUAAUUUUUUAUUAGUUCUUUAAUACCUAAGCCUUCGAUGACAAGGGCAAACCGGCAGCUUUCGCAGUCUGCGCUCAGCUCAUCAUAUUUAAGAGUAACAGGAUGGCUUUUCUUAAGGCAUGUUAUUUAUAUAUACGGCUGCCAAGUGAGUUUGCUUGCAGCUACUGCUUGAGAAAGAUGCACUGACAUCCAAAGCGGGAAUACUAUAUCAAUAUCGGUUCUAUUGCAGGCAACCUAGCGUCGUUAACGGCAGGAACUAAUACAUUCUAUCUAGUAUCAACACUAUGGGCAAUGUUUGGAGGAUUUCCAGUGAAUCAAGUCAUCCAUCCGCACAAAUCAUGAGAAGUGUUGCGUUUCUGCGGUCACUUACAUUUCUUUCAUAAGAUCAAGCGGUCAGAGUUUAACUUUUUUGCCCCAUUCAAACCCACGAAGCUUUCAGAACUGGCAGUGGCGCCACAACUUUCUUCAAAAAGCCUUCCCUAAACGUGUACACUCCGUCAAUGUUUGUGCCCUACCAGUGUUGUCGCCGUGUGUAUUGUUAAUGUGUCUAUGACAAAAAAAAAAACAAGUCUACUUCUUGAAAUGUUGCGAAAUGCGCUUGUAUCAUACAAUGGGAGCUGUAAUGCAAUGUAAGCAUGACAAAAAUAAAGCA